CAUUUGUUGUUUCAAUUCGGAGCAGUCGAAUUGGGAAUUCAGCGCAAUUUUUUAGCCGGUCAAAAUGGAAAAGUUUAGCAAAGCGCAAGCCAAAAACUUGGCAGCUGCACAGAAAUUAGUGAAUACUUACGCCUCCAGCUCCGAGGAUGAAGGAGAAUUGGAUGAAAAGCAUAUUCUUGAUCUUUUGUAUAAGCAUUACAAGGCUCCAGUGAAUGCAGCGAGUGACAACAAUAUUAACCGCACCGCCACAUUUCUGGAGAACACUUUGCACUCSGGCGCUGCUACGUGUCUAAUUUGUAUUGGCAGYAUUCGACGCGUGGAGUCCAUUUGGUCAUGCAAGAGCUGCUAUUGCUUCUUCCAUCUCAAUUGCAUACAGCGCUGGGCCAACGACAGCGUAAUGCAAAUGAAGGUCAAGGCGGAGCAGCAGAACAAUGGCAAUCAGGGCUAUUAUAAUCAUCUGGGCGAGUUUGUGCCGCCCAAACGUACAAAAUCGCUUCACUGGUGCUGUCCACAGUGUCGUAGAGAUUACCAACCAGCCGAUCGACCCACACAGUAUGAAUGUUUUUGUGGCAAGGAGGUGAAUCCGCAGCCACAGCCCUUUCUUGUGCCCCACUCCUGUGGCGAGAUUUGUGGCAAGCUGUUGCAGCCGAAAUGUGGUCACGAUUGCAAAUUGCUGUGCCAUCCGGGUCCUUGUCCACCCUGUGCCCAACUAGCUAACAGUUCUUGCCUCUGUGGAAAGGCGGCAAUGCGGAGCGUGCGCUGCAUCGACAAGAACUGGCAGUGCGAGCAAAAGUGUCAAUUGCUUUUGUCCUGUGGCAUGCACAAAUGCAAUCAGCGGUGUCAUAGGCCUGGUCAGUGUCCGCCAUGCAGCAGUAAGAGCUCACAGCCCUGCGAAUGCAAACGUGAGCAGAAGGUCGUGAACUGUGCCGAGCCCAAAUGGAAAUGCAACAAUGUCUGUGGCGCUCUCUUUGCUUGUGGCAUUCAUACCUGUGAGAAAGUAUGCCAUGCAGGAUCCUGUGAAGGCGCCGAGUGUCCGUUUGGCGUGCGCAGCUGUCCCUGUGGCAAGAGCAUCAAAAGUGGAGCUUGCAACGAGCCACAGGAGACAUGCGGAGACACUUGCCAGAAGCUCUUGUCUUGUGGCAAGCAUUACUGCGCGCAACGCUGUCAUCGCGGUGCUUGCAACUUGUGCCCAGUGGUCACUAAGAAGAAAUGCCGCUGCGGCCUGCAUGAGAAGGAGAUGCCCUGCUCCAAGGAGUUUAACUGCGAGACCAAAUGCAAGCAGAUGCGAGAUUGUGGCAAACAUGCUUGCAAUCGCAAGUGCUGUGGGGAUCAAUGUCCGCCCUGCGAGAAGAUCUGCGGCAAGCAGCUGAGUUGCAACAAACAUAAAUGCCAGUCCGUGUGCCACAACGGACCCUGUUAUCCGUGCAAGCUGGAAUCGCAAGUGAAUUGUCGCUGCGGCAAGACGAGACGAAGCGUGCCCUGCGGCCGCGAGAAGAACGCACGUAUUGUGUGCCAGGAGCUAUGCCGCAUUACGCCCAAGUGUCAUCAUGCCAUCAAGCAUCGUUGUCACAAGGGCGAAUGCCCGCCCUGCGUGCAGCCUUGUGGCCUGAUCAAUGAUUCCAGCGGCUGUGGACACAUUUGCAAGGCGCGCUGCCAUGCAGCUCAGCGUGUGCCUCGACCAGAUCAGGCAACACGUGGAAAGCAGCAUAAGUAUGAGUACCGUGCUCUGCCACAUCCGCGCUGCGAAGAGGGCGUCAUCGUGCGCUGCAUUGGCGGCCACGAGUUGGCCACUUGGCCUUGCUGGAACUCCAAGCCCACAUCCUGUCAGCGUAAGUGCGCACGCCAGCUCAAGUGUGGCAAUCAUCAAUGCGACCGCGUUUGCCAUGCAGUGCCUGAGCCGGAGGAUAUGCACCAGCAAGCAGGCUGUGCGAAUUGUGAACAGGGAUGUACUAUUCCUCGUCCUCCAGGCUGCACUCAUGCCUGCAACAAAGGCUGUCAUCCGCCACCUUGUGCUCCGUGCGCAUUUGUGAUAAAAACUAAAUGCUACUGUGGCCUCAAUCAGGUCAUAUACAAGUGCAGCGAGUACUUCAAUGAGGAAGGCAGUCUGCAGGAGACGCUGGAGCGACGCCAAAGGUUCAACAGCUGUGGCAAUCGUUGCCUCAAGAAUUUCGACUGUGGCCACCGCUGCAUAACCAUAUGUCAUCCCGGCCCCUGUCCCAAUCCGGAACUGUGUCGCAAGAAGCUACGCAUCUAUUGCAAGUGCAAACGCUUAAAGCAGGAAAUCGCUUGCGACAAACAUCGUGCGGGUCAAACGUCCCUCGAUUGCGAUGCCAUUUGUCUGGCGGAGCGCUCCAAGGCCCAGGCCUCAGAGCAACAACAGCAGCAGCUCAAAUUGCAGCAAGAGCAGGAGCGGAAUAGACUGGAACUCGAGAAGUAUGAGCAAAAGUUCGGCAAGCGCAAGCACAAGGAGCGCAAGACUUUGGAUGUGGAGCCCACCAAGUCUAACAUCAACUGGCAACGGUUAAGCAUCUAUGCAUUAUCCUUUCUGGUCGUAAUGGGCGCACUGGCCGUGGCGUACUAUGCAGACAGCUAGAAUCAACUAAAGAUGAACUGA